CCUCCCGGAAAUGACGCAGCUUGACCCUUGACCCACAGCGAGCGCGGCGCUGCCCGGAAAGUUCUGGAAGCGAGAGCCGCCCGGGAACGAGCUUAAGCAGGCUGCCCAGGGUUGAGCCCGCAGGCCGGGCCCCAGCGCGGAAAUGCUUCGAUUACCAGCAGUCCUUCGCCAGAUCAGACCAGUGUCCAGGGCACUGGCACCUCAUCUCACUCGGGCUUAUGCCAAAGAUGUCAAAUUUGGUGCAGAUGCCCGGGCCUUAAUGCUUCAAGGUGUAGACCUUUUAGCCGAUGCCGUAGCCGUUACUAUGGGGCCAAAGGGAAGAACAGUGAUUAUUGAACAGAGUUGGGGAAGUCCCAAAGUAACCAAAGAUGGUGUGACUGUUGCUAAGUCCAUUGACUUAAAAGAUAAAUAUAAAAAUAUUGGCGCCAAACUUGUUCAAGAUGUUGCCAAUAACACAAAUGAAGAGGCUGGAGAUGGUACCACUACUGCUACUGUAUUGGCACGAUCAAUUGCCAAGGAGGGCUUCGAAAAGAUUAGCAAAGGUGCUAACCCAGUGGAAAUCAGAAGAGGUGUGAUGCUAGCUGUAGAUGCAGUAAUUGCUGAACUUAAAAAGCAGUCUAAACCAGUGACAACUCCUGAAGAAAUUGCUCAGGUUGCUACUAUUUCUGCUAAUGGAGACAAAGAAAUUGGCACCAUCAUUUCUGAUGCAAUGAAGAAGGUUGGAAGGAAGGGUGUCAUCACAGUAAAGGAUGGAAAAACGCUGAAUGAUGAAUUAGAAAUUAUUGAAGGGAUGAAGUUUGAUCGAGGUUAUAUUUCUCCAUAUUUUAUUAAUACUUCAAAAGGUCAGAAAUGUGAAUUCCAAGAUGCCUACGUUCUGCUGAGUGAAAAGAAAAUUUCUAGUGUCCAGUCCAUUGUACCUGCUCUUGAAAUUGCCAAUGCUCACCGGAAGCCCCUGGUCAUAAUUGCUGAAGAUGUUGAUGGAGAAGCUUUGAGUACGCUUGUUUUAAAUAGGCUAAAGGUGGGUCUUCAAGUUGUAGCAGUCAAAGCCCCAGGUUUUGGUGACAAUAGGAAGAACCAGCUUAAAGACAUGGCUAUUGCUACUGGUGGCGCUGUAUUUGGAGAAGAAGGAUUAACUCUGAAUCUUGAGGACGUUCAGCCACAUGACUUAGGAAAAGUUGGAGAGGUCAUUGUAACCAAAGAUGAUGCCAUGCUAUUGAAAGGAAAAGGUGACAAGGCUCAAAUUGAAAAACGUAUUCAAGAAAUCAUUGAACAGUUGGAUAUCACAACCAGUGAAUAUGAAAAGGAAAAACUGAAUGAACGCUUGGCAAAACUUUCAGAUGGUGUGGCUGUGCUAAAAGUUGGUGGCACAAGUGAUGUUGAAGUGAACGAAAAGAAAGACAGAGUUACAGAUGCCCUCAAUGCUACACGAGCUGCUGUUGAAGAAGGCAUUGUUCUGGGAGGGGGUUGUGCUCUGCUUCGGUGCAUUCCAGCCUUGGACUCAUUAACGCCCGCUAAUGAAGAUCAGAAAAUUGGCAUAGAUAUUAUUAAAAGAACACUCAAGAUUCCUGCAAUGACCAUUGCUAAGAAUGCAGGUGUUGAAGGAUCAUUGAUUGUUGAGAAGAUUUUACAGAGUUCCUCAGAAGUUGGUUAUGAUGCUAUGGUUGGAGAUUUUGUGAAUAUGGUGGAAAAAGGAAUCAUUGAUCCAACAAAGGUUGUAAGAACUGCUUUACUGGAUGCUGCCGGAGUAGCCUCUCUGUUAACUACAGCAGAAGUUGUAGUUACUGAAAUUCCUAAAGAAGAAAAGGACCCUGGAAUGGCUGGAAUGGGUGGGAUGGGAGGAGGUAUGGGAGGUGGCAUGUUCUAAUUCAUAGAAUAGUGCUUUACCAUUAUUAAUGAACUGUGAGAGGAAGCUCAAGGCAGGUGCUCCUCAUCUAUAACUUCAGAGAAGUCAGUUGAAGGAAAAAAAAACUGAAGAAAAGGCUGGCUGAUGUUUUAAGAAAAUCGCUAUAAUCAUCAGUUACUGGUUUCAGUUGACAACAUAUAAUGGUUUACUGCUGUCAUUGUCCAUGCCUACAGAUAAUUUAUUUUGUAUUUUUGAAUAAAAAGACAUUUGUACAUUCCUGA